ACAAGAGAUGCCUGGGAUUGUGUUUGUGAUUUUGAAUUGAUUGUUCUCACUUAAAUCCCUACUAAAUUAUGUCCGUAAUAAUCUAACGAGCAUAUGAUUUUACUGGACGCGCGUUCAGUAAAAUAAGAGUUUGCAUAAAACCAUAGUCAGAAUGGUCGGAAAAACUGUAGUGUCUCCUGAACAAAUGGAGAUACUAGUAUCGUUUAUGGAGGAGAACAAGGACUUUGGUAGAGGGCAUGUCUUCGGCAAGGGGCCGCUUGCAAAGCAGAUGAUGGCCGCGAAGUGGGCCAAGCUGGCCACAAGGCUCAACAGCGUCACUGGUGCUAACAAAUCUGCGAGGAAGUGGAGAGAGUAUUGGAAUGACAAGAAGUACUCAGUUAGAAAGAAAUCUCUAUCAAUAUCAGGUGGGACCUGCAAGAAGUCACUGGAUGAGAUGGAAGCCAGGAUACUGAAUGUUGUGGGCAAGGUUGCUGUCUUCUCUGAGGAGUCUGUGCGGAUACCAAAUCCAUUUGAUGAUGAGACAGCAGUGGAUGGCGAAAUGCCCCCUGACCCUGCUGGCUUUAACGGUGUUAAUCCAGAUGGUUCAACGCACCCAACCACAGCAGUUCCUUUAAAAAGACGUCGCUACAUACGAACUCGCAGAGGUUUAGUAGCACCGGACUGGGCGGUGCAGAUAGAAGCAAAGAGAGUGAGAGCAGAGGAACGCUCAGCGGCCGCCUUCGAAGCCCUGGCCACCUCAGCCACGGGCCUCAGCGAAAACCUCGCGGGCAUACGGCACGAGCUCGCACAAAUACGGACACUGCUGGAAACUAGACCCAACAAUAACUACUGACUUGUGGAAUAAUAAGUGAUAGUGAAUAGUGUUUAUUGUCAAAUGGUUCUGACAACAUUCCUAGCGCAGCGGUGAAAGCUGUGGCUUUAAGUGUGAGGUCCUGGACUCGAUCCCCGGCCGAGGUAAUUUGGGAAUUUAUAAUUUCUGAACUCCCGGAGCCUUCAGCGAGGCUUCAGCUGUGGCUAGUUAUCACCCUAGCGACAAAGACGUGCCGUUAAGCGAUU